AUGCCGCCGCCGCCGCCGCUGCCGGAGGAGAUCGUGGAGGAGGUCCUCGUUCGCUUCCCGCCGGACGACCCCGCGAGCCUCGUCCACGCCGCCCUCGUCAGCAAGCAGUGGUGCCGCAUCAUCUGCGGCGCUCGCCGCGGCUUCAGCCGCAGGUUCCGCGAGCUCCACCUCUCGCCCCCGCUGCUAGGCUUCCUCUGCAACCGCUUCGAUGGCGCCCUCGGCGCCCGCUUCGACGCCACCGCCGCCGCCCGCUUCGUCCCCACAUCGUCUUCCUUCCGCCCGCCCAAUGCUAUUAUUGCUGACCGCCGCCGCCGCGGCUGGCGAGCCGUCCACUCGGGCCACGGCCGCGUCCUCCUCCACCAUGCGCGCACCUGGGACGACGAUCGCCUCGUCGUCUGGGAUCCCAUCACCGGCGAGCAGCGCCAGCUUCCCGAGUCGCCGCUGCACGGCGUGCUCAUGUGGAGCUGGAACGCGGCUGUGCUCUGUCAUGCUGCAGCUGCAGGCGGCGGCUGCAACCAUCUCGACUGCCACCGCGGCCCUUUCGUCGUCAUCUUCGUGGGGAAUUUCAUUGCCAACAGACAGACAUUCUCCUGCGUCUACUCAUCCGAGACUGAUGGGUGGAGCGAGCCUCUCUUUGAUGAUCGCCUUCCCCACCAGGGUCUCCAUCAUGGCAGCGUCGCCGCUCUCGUGGGGAAUUCGCUCUACUUCAUGUAUGACAGCCACCAGGGAAUCCUCAAGUAUGAUCUGCUGACACAGGAGAUGUCUGCGAUCCCUGUACCAGCUAGAGGCACUGUGCUCAUGGCUACGGAGGAUGGCAGGCUGGGCCUCGCCACUGUGCCCGAGUCCAGGCUCUGCAUGUGGUCGAGAGAGCAGGGUCCCAAUGGAGAUGCAGGAUGGACACAGAGCAGGGUCAUUGAGCUCGAUACGCUACUCCCCAUUCACAGGCUUUCAGGGGCUCUGGUCGCUGGGUUUGCAGAUAAUGGAGCCGGUGGGGUCAUUUUCGUAAGGACAGCUGCUGCGUUUUUCUCGUUUGAUCUCAAGUCUGGCAGGGUCGACAAGCAUGAGUAA